GGAGGCGAGGAAGAUCGUCGCGGUCUGUCGGGCGUUGCACCUUUUGGGGUGGCAGAACGAACCCCUCGACCCCUCAGCUCAGGUGCUGUGAGAGAGAGAGUGGGGAGCGAGCCCGGACGGUUUGCCUGAAAGGAGCUGGAAACGGGCGGGAGCUGCCAUGUCUUCCUUUUUAACCCCUGAAAGUCCCGUGCCUUCAACCACCAUACCAGGGGCCGGUGAAGGAAAAAAAAGUCGGGAACCGUCCCUGGUCGGCAGAGCGUGUUUGCUUUCCGCGCCAACAGGUCGAGGCGGGACCGAGGGAGGGGGGAGAAAUCGCCUCCCCUUCCUCAACCCUCCUCGCUUUCCCUCAGGGGACCCAUCAUGGCUCUCGCUCGCUCUCUCGCUGCCUCCCUCUUCUUUCCCGCCUUUCGCGCUCUCUCUCCGGGCGCGCUGCUCCCGCUCCCCCCUCCCUUCUGGCGGCUCAGUUCCACGGGAGAAGAGCCGGUUGCUGUAGAGAGCCACGCAGGGGGAACUCCAUGGCUGCCCUCCAUCUCGGAGCCGUGGUGGUGGCGGCGCCGGCGAAGCCGCCUCCUGCUUGGUGGCUCUCUUGUGCCGCCUCCUGCUUGGUGGCUCUCGGGGCUGCCGGCCGCCGACCCCAUUUCCCGGCCCUAGUCAGGAGCGAUGGGGUUGGGCCGGGCUGGAAGGGGGCUGCUCUGGCUAGUGGUGGCCUCGGGAGUAUUCUGGGGCCAGGCCUCCUGUCAGGCGCCGCCUCAGGGCUUUCGCUUCGUCUCCUACGAGGUGAUCAUCCCGAGAAGGAUGGCGCCGCGACGCGGGCGGGAACCCCAGGACCUGACUUACCUCCUGGAGGUCGAGGGGAAGGGCCUCGUGGUGCACCUGAGGCAGAAAAGGGGCUUUAUCCGCAAGCACUUCCCAGUCUUCACCUACAGCGAGGAAGGGGACCUUCAGGUGGACUUUCCUUUCCUCGGGGAUGAUUGCUUCUACCAUGGCUUUGUACAGGGCAAGCCCUCCUCUCUGAUCGCCCUCAGCACUUGCUCAGGGGGGCUCAGGGGCCUCCUACAGGUGGACAGUAAAAUGUAUGAAAUUCAACCUGUCCAGGCAUCCCAUACCUUUCAGCAUGUGGUGUAUCGGUUGGAAGGCGAGGAGGGAGCAGUCCACAGGAGGUGUGGGCUCACGGAAGAAAGACAAAAUAGUCAAGAGGCUAUGACCCAGGGCACAGAGAAUGUCCUGGGUAAAAAUUAUCCAGGGAGGCCCUGGCAGACACACACCAGGUAUGUGAAGAUUGCGCUUGUGAUGGACCAUGAACGUUAUGUCCAGUUUGGCAGAAAUGAAACUCUGGCUGCGAGACAAGUGCUGGAUGCCAUCCAUAUUGCAGAUUCACUCUUUGAGCCUCUUGGGAUUCGUGUGGCUGUGGUUGGCCUGGAGAUAUGGUCUCAAAAGAACCUUAUACCAAUAUCUAAACAUAUAGCUGAACUGCUUGACAUGUUCAAUACAUGGAGAAAAAUAAGUCUUAUCCAGCAUCUAAGGCAUGAUGUUGGCCAUUUGUUCGUAUAUAAGCAUUUUGGAGUUGAUGUUGGAUUAUCAUUUGUAGGAACAGUGUGCGAUUCUUCCCGGGCAUCUGCUGUAGAGGCAUUUACUACCUCCAGUUUGUUCUCAUUCACUCUUACCUUUGCUCAUCAGUUAGGUCAUAACCUAGGCAUGCGGCAUGAUGAGAAGUACUGUACUUGUAGCCAGCGUUCUUGCAUUAUGGCUCCGUUGCAAAGCAACACAAGUAAAUUCAGCAACUGUAGUUAUAAUAGUUAUUCUAACCUAAUGGAUAGUGGUAGGAAACAAUGUCUGUUAAUUCCACCAGAACAUGAGAAAUUGUAUGACUUCAAAAACUGUGGCAACAGUAUAGUAGAGAGCGGAGAACAGUGCGACUGUGGUUCAAAAUUUCAUUGUGAAUUAGAUGCAUGUUGCCAGUCUAAUUGUAUGUUGCGAUCAGGAGCAACAUGUGCUUUUGGAGCAUGCUGUGCCAAUUGCCAAUUUCUUCCAGCUGGAACAGUUUGUAGAGAAAGGACAAAUAUCUGUGAUCUUCCUGAAUACUGCACUGGGAUUACAGAAUGGUGUCCUGAGGAUGUCAGUGUUCAAGAUGGCGCUCCAUGCCAUGAUGGCGCCUAUUGUUAUCAUGGGAAGUGCUCUACUCACAAUGAACAGUGCAAAACAAUCUUUGGCAGGCAAGCAGCAGUUGCUCCAUUAAGUUGCUUCAAAGAAAUAAACACUCGAGGUGACCGUUUUGGCAACUGUGGCAUUCUUGGUAACGUUUACCAAAAAUGUGAAAACAGUGACGUCUUGUGUGGCAGAAUCCAGUGUGUAAACAUUGAGGAAGUUCCUAAUUUGAAUGAGCAUAAUACUGUAAUUCAGACUUCUCUUAGCAGCAACGUGUGCUGGGGCAUAAACUACCCAAGUGGAGUGAGCAUAGCUGACACAGGAGCAGUGCAAGAUGGCACCCAUUGUGGUAGCGGCAUGGUAUGUAUUAACAGGGACUGCGUAAAAGUAUCCCUUCUGAACUAUGACUGUAAUCAGACAAAGUGCCACAACAGAGGAAUUUGCAAUUCUCAUAAAAACUGCCAUUGUAACUAUGGGUGGGCUCCUCCAUAUUGUCUAAAUGAAGGCUAUGGUGGCAGCAUUGACAGUGGACCCCCUUCACCCAACAGUGGCAAUACAGGAGUGAGUGAAGGUGUUAUAAUAGUUCUUUCUGCUGUUAUUGUUUUUCUUGAAGCUGAGGUUUGCUGAUGUGACUUACUUAUAGCCUGCCUUGCAUUCUAAUCUAACCUGAAGUAUUCUUUGUUGAAUUUCCUCAUUAUCCAUACAUCAGGACUGCAUUAUUUAGUAUGCACUUGGGUUUCCUUUAAAAACUGAUUUGCUGGCUGUUCUGGAUAGUGAUAAUAAUCUGUUUAAAACAGAUUUUGUUUUUGUUUUUUUAAAGAAAUUGCAUAUACAUUGUACUUAUUACAUUGUAUAAUAUGGUAACUAAUUUAGAAUGUGAUUUACAAAUGUACAACCAUGAAAACAAUUACUUAGACAUGAUUUCAGAGUGCUUAAUAAAAGUUUAUUUAUUCCUUUAUAAGUAUAGUUAAGGUUACUGCAGCCUGAUCUCUUGGUAGUAGCAGUUUUCUCGUCAAAUUCCGAGCAUGUCUUACUCAGUAAAUAGAUCUUAUCAGGAGAUUAUCAAAUUGGUAUUUUUAUUUUAUGAACAGUUUUAAAAAUGCAAAUCAGUCUCCAGGAGGGUAUACUGCUUACUAGUGAUUUGAGGGUAGAGGUUUUUUUGGUUUUUUGGAUUUUUUAACAAUUAAGGUAUAAUGCAGAAAUAUGAUUAUAAUUCUGUGAACUACAUAAAUUAUACAGUUAAAUAUAUUUAAUAGUAAUAGUAAUCCUAAACAUGUAUAUAUUGCUGUCAAAUAGUCCAACCUCAUAUGUAUUAUAAAGAUGUAAUUUUUGUGAUGAUCCUGCAGGUGUGGACACCUCUUUCCCUAACUGCUGAAGUAUGUGUGUGUGUGUCUGUAUAUGUGUGUAAAUAAGUGUUUGAUUUAGAAAUGUGAUAAACUCUAUU